CGUUUUUCUGGUAUUCCUUUCAAUCAUCUCUCUUUCAACUAAAUCGAGGAAGCUUACACUACUGAUUCCUACAUGAGAACUUAGUGAAGUUCCCAUAACUUACGAUGUUACAACAGAAUUGUCAUCAGACUCCUGUGACGGAAAAUGCGUCUUUUUGUCUGUCGCUUAUUGACUUGUCUUGGAGACUCCACUAUGGACCAAGAUGUAUCUCUUUAUCCAUUCUUAUCUUAUCUAGUCAAUCUAUGAAUGCAGACCGGUUCUUGAAACUCCGUUGGUACGUCAGGACAAGAUAAGGAAUGUGUGAGCUUUGCGAUUGGAAGUCCUUGAUCUCCUAGGUCUGGACAUGCCGAAAUGAGUUUCAAUGAUCGAUUCCUGUGUGAGACAUGUUGACUGAAGCUAACUUUAAAGAAGGAACCUCUGAGCACAGUGAAGAGUGUUUUACAGGUUUUGUUUCCCAAUCCCCUGCAUAUAGCAAGAACUGUGAAUAUUGUUGCUAUGUAUACCUAAAGGUCAUCCUAGUUCGGACUCCAUCGCCAGGUAUUUUCGGCCUAAAUUUCCUCCUCAAGAAUUGUAACUUCCUCAUUCCCCAAAUGUCCUGUAACUCUCUCCUUCUUUCACUUUCAUGUCGUUUAAUCUGUGAAGGAAAGAGUUAGUUCGUCUGCAUGUAGUCUUGCUGUGAUAAUGAGGCCAAAUUCAUAAUUUUGAAAGCUCAUCUAGACAAUCUCUUCUCUUCCCUGCGAACCGAUAGCUUAGCCUCUGUUUCACCUGAUCAUUUCUCUUUCUUUAUUCAAUGGGCCAGUUGCACUGGUAACAGAAUCAUGUUUUGAUGCUUGGUUCUAGGAGAUCAGCUCUAAAUAUAAAGAUCUGUCUCAACAGCAACUCUCUACCUUGAAUAUUAACGGAGAUAUCUCACCUUGACGAACUUGAUUUAUGACGUCAUCCACUGCGGUAGUGCGUAACAUGAUACGUCCUACCGUGGUGGAUGACAUCAUAAAUCAAGUUUUUAUAGGCGAGAUACCUUGGUUAGUAUUCAACGUAGAAAUUUGCUGUUUGGCCAGAUCUUAUCAUUUUUAGUUGAUCUGCAAGAAUGAAGUAUCAUAAUACGAUUCUGAGACCAGCACAACUGACUUAUUCUUCCACUCUUCUCUUUUAUUUCCAUUGUUGUAAGUCUACAUUUUUUGCAAUUACCUGUUUACUCUGCUCUCUCGAGGUGUUGUCAGCUAAGUUGGCACUUGUUUCCAUUCCAGUUGCAAGCAAUUGCUAUGCAAUUGUCGAGCAGCAAUAGAGGAUUGACAGCAGUCCGAUAGUGAGCUUUGUCAAUCAUCGAUUCCUGAUGGACGACUAUAUUUUAGUUGCUCGCGAACGAUAUGUAUUCAAGUGCCAACGUAGCUGACGACACUUCUACCUCAAGUUAGCAGCAUUGCUUCUGAUAGUUUUAUACAAGUUUGUCCUACCUCUUGAGGGCACAAAGUUAUUUGACCAAUUUUAUCUACUCUCCACUGUCAACCUUCUCUGGUAUUGAAUUGUGCGACACUCAAGAAUAUUUAUUUUUGGUUUACACUGUACUCCCCGUUUUUAUUUGAACAGAGUGGGUAUGUUUUCAAAACCAUUCAUUUCUCUAACUUCCAUGUACAACAAUGCUUACUUGCUAAGUCACAUUUUUAUGUCUUUGAUGGUCUUUUGCACAAGGGAGUCUCAAAAAUGAGUUUUGCUCAAAAUGGCGGCAGUAAGGUAACAUUAACUUAUGCCUUACCCAACAUCGACGCCUUAGAUGGGCUUAUGCUACCUGAUCAACCAUGUUUCGAAGCUCAGCCAUGCUCUGUCAUUUAUCAAGCUAACUUUGAUAUCAACUUCGAAGACUGGAAUGGGUUUGUCACUAUCGUAGCAAAGAAGCCACCGUUCAUGCCAGUUUGGGAAGCUUCAUCUUUCUGCUGCUUGACCACCGUUAAUCCGUCUAAUUGAAUGGAUGAUAAAUGAUAAUUCAUAAUUUUUAGGAGCUUUUCCAAGGUAGUUUUGAGAAAAAUGAGAGGAAAUCGCAAGUUUUGAGCAGGGAAUGAAUAAUAUCAAGAACUACAGGUAACAUGCUUAAAUCGGUGCUCAGAAAAAAUGAUAUGACUCGUUCACUCGUACCUAAAUCAUUUCAGAGCCGCGGCAGGAUCAGAAACAUUGUAUCUGAUAAGUUAGUUCCAUGCAAGUGUUUUCAACUUAUGUAAAGCAGACAUUUUCAAAAUUG